GGAGUGAAGGCACGAAGAUAUCUUGAAAAUAAUACGAUUAAAAAAUACGGCAGUAUGUCAAUGACGAAAGAUUUGAAAAGCUUUUAAAAAGCUUUUUAAAAACUAAAUAAUUUUAACAUAAUCUGCCUUAAGGUUUGUUUCUUAAAUUUCCAAACGUAUUGAAAUCUUUUUGAAUUAUUAUAUUGAGCCUUAAUAAAUUAAUUUUAUUUUGGCAAUCUGAGAUAUAAGAAAAGUAAGAAAAACAUUAUAUAUGGCUGAAAAAUUAUUUACAUUAUAUCAUAAUUGUUUUAGAUAAAAAAAUGUUUAAUAAGUUACAUAAGUUAAACGUCUUGCUUACACGCGAUGCAAAGUUAAGAAAAUUGAUUGUACUAAGUAUACCGACAAAAAAUAUCAUCGAUUUUCAUUAUCUAAAAGUAUUCUUCGGCUAAAGAUACCGACGAGCCCCACAACCGGGGGUAGGCAUGCAGGAUCCGCUCGGUCGAGUGGUGGUCUGCGGUUGAUAAGGACAUUCCAGGCGGUAACUUCGGACGUCUCGAUUGGCGGCUAUUUGGAGAGAGCGGUUCUUCAACCGGAGCUCUCAUCUUCGAGAGAUGCGACGUUCGCAGUCCGAGGUAGAACAGCAUCGACAUCGUGUCUUCCUCCAGGUAUCGGGUGGAUUAAACCAAAAAUUAAUUAAAAGAAAAGCCUCGCGUAUGCCUCGUAUUUUAUUGAAAGAGAGAAAGAAAAAAAAGUAACAUGCAAGUUGCGAGGUGAACGAGCGUACCGCGAUAGAUUCUCAUGAGAGCUGCGAUUUUUAUAGAUUUUAUCCCGAUAUAUAAGUCCGAUAAAAAAUAUAUCGAGAUAAAUGAAAAAGAAAAUAUUUUAGUAUUAUUAUGGGAGUUUCUCUGAUAAAAUCUGUGGCCGUUCCGCCUUCGUCUAACAAUAGAACACAUCGAGGCUUUGCUAUACGAACUCCGGGAUACUGGCUGCUGUUGAUCGCGGGUGCGUUCUUCGUCUGCUGUUUGUGGAAAACCGGAUCGAUCAGUCAUUGGAGCUCCAGCAUGCGCGCGAAAGCCUUGAUCCACUUUGACUUGUCGAUCCCGUCGUCAUCAUCGUCGUCGUUGUCGUCGUCAUCGUCGUCGACGACGUCACGUCGACCGCUCUUUGACAGGACCAACGCGAGACUGUCGCGCGACGCCGCGCGCCGGAAACAUCGCAGCACCCUGUCCAAAUACAUGCUGCAGCUGUACCAUAGGCGUCGACCGGACGCCGACGUCGUUCGCGCGAUUCAGCCAGUGCACACUUCCGGUCCGCUCAGCGACGGCGGCAGGAUUCUGGAAUUCGUGAUCCCGUCCGCGGGCGUCGACGAGACAUUGGAGGCCGCGGAACUGCUCGGGAUAGCUGGCGCGAUAGUCCGAGUGCGAUCAUUGAACGAUCUGUCGAUGACGAGGAGGAACGGAAGCGAGGAGAUCCGAAGAUCCAGAAAGGACGACGCCUGGCGGGCCUUUGACAUCACAUCCGCCGUCGCCGGCAGGAACGGCGACACCGUCAAGCUCUACAUUCACGGCAGGUUGACCUAUCAUCCUUACGGUGACGGUCCGAUCCUCCUGCUGAAUUACAGCAAGGCCAGAGACGGUCGGCGCCAUCGCCGAUCCGCGGAGGAGCAGGAGGAGCAGGAUCGCUGGGAGGACGAGCUGCCGCGAAGACGACGUCGGAACAGCUGCCGCCGGCGACCCAUGUACAUCGACUUCGCCCUGAUCGCGUACGACGAGUGGGUGGUCGCGCCGCCGGGAUACGAGGCUUAUCAAUGCAUUGGCAAGUGCUUCUUCCCGCUGGGCGAUCAUCUCAGCCCGACCAAACACGCGAUAGUGCAGACGUUGAUGCACGGCGCGGUCCAGGCCAGCGAGGAUCUCCGCGGCAACAAGUUUGUCGGUAGAGCCUGCUGCGUACCCACCAGACUGGCACCCACGAGUCUACUCUAUCUGGACGCGAGAGGUACUCUGACCUACGAGUACGGCUACGAGGACAUGGUUGUCUCCGAGUGCGGUUGUCGCUGAUUGAUUAUGUAAUGUAUUGGACCGUGCAUUUUAGACGCUGGACGACAAGUAUGUGUCUUUCGCUUUUUUAUUAACAGAAUUAACGUAAUAUUGCGUAGAAACGAGUGUACGAAAUGUAGAAUAUAAAUACAGUUGAACCAAGAUGCGUAACGAUCUUCUAAGAAGAGGAAAAGUAUUGCCUUAUCUUUAUCGUGUGUGAUGUCAAAAAGAAAAAUUGAAGUACAAUGUAAAAACAGACGAAUCAAAUAUAAAUUGUAUUUAAAAAUUUUCAUAUACAAAACGGUCUUGUUAAAACUGCGAUUAAUUUUUAAGAUAAUUAAGCAAGAAU